CCAGAGCAGAGGCAUGGCCAGUACCACCAAGAAGCCUAACAUGGGCCCCUCCCUCCCAAGAAGGAAGCUAGAGCCCAAGCCUGAACUCUCAGAGGAUCAGAAACAGGAAAUUAGAGAGGCAUUUGAUCUCUUUGAUACAGAUGGAACAGGGACAAUAGAUGUGAAGGAGCUCAAGGUGGCGGUGAGAGCUCUGGGCUUCGAGCCCAAGAAAGAAGAGAUCAAAAAAAUGGUAUCUGAAGUUGACAAGGAGGGGACAGGGAAGAUCAGCUUCAAUGACUUCUUGGCUGUGAUGACUCAAAAAAUGAAUGAGAAGGACACCAAAGAAGAAAUUCUGAAGGCUUUCAAGCUCUUCGAUGAUGAUGACACUGGAAAAAUUUCCUUCAAGAACUUAAAACGUGUGGCCAGAGAGCUCGGGGAAAAUCUCACUGAUGAAGAACUGCAAGAAAUGAUUGAUGAAGCUGAUCGAGAUGGAGAUGGAGAAGUCAACGAACAGGAGUUCCUGCGGAUCAUGAAAAAGAGCAGUAUCUACUGAGGUCCUAGGAAACACCAGUAUUUCAUCCCAUCUAGGACUCAGAAUCUGAUAGUGCCUUCAAGGGACAUUUUGAGAAAGACCAUGAUAUACCAUGUUCAUGGUGCAACGAAAGAAACACUGGACUUGGGGUAAAGAGACCCAGUGAAGGCCUAACUCUGACUCUAGCUCUUUUUGCCUUUUUGAACCUCAGCUUCCUCAUAUGUCCAUCCAUAAAACCAUGCAGCUCUCCUUAAGGUCUUACAUAUUUCAGGAUAGGAUAAGGAAAAAAAAAAAACAAAAAAAACUUUGUUUCUGGGGGUGGAGGGAGGCAAA